GCUGGGGAAAACUUUGAAGAGGGUUCUGAACCUGCACUGGGUCUAUUAUCCGGUUAUAAGCCACUACCACCAAGCUCAGACAUUACUUAUGGCAUUGCUGAUGAGGACAUACCGGAAUCGUUUGAUUCCCGGGUACAAUGGCCCGACUGUGACACCAUUAAAGAGAUUGGGAAUAAAGGGUGUUGUCGUUCAGAUUGGGCAAUCUCAGCAACGGGGGUCAUAUCCGACCGCAUAUGCAUCGCAUCGAUGGGUACACAACAGGUCGAGGUAUCGGCCCAAGACGUUAUAGCGUGCAUAGGUUUUAGGGUAGGGGGUUGUGGUGGUGGACAGCCUAGUAGUGUAUUUAACUACUACAUCGAAACAGGUGUUGUCACCGGUGGUCAGGUAGACAGACAUAAAGGCUGUCAGCCUUGGAGCAUAUUUGGUGGUGCCAUGUGCAAUUUGACCAUAAAUACACCAAGGUGCCAACGAGAAUGCAAAACGGCCUAUGGCUAUAACCUAACGUACACUCAGGAUAAACAUUUCGGUAGUAAAACAUAUGGCGUGAGUGUUGGAAACGUUCAGAAGGAGAUCAUGACAAAUGGACCUGUGUCAGCUACAUUCGCUCUCUACGAAGACUUUUACUUGUACAAAUCCGGUGUUUACCAGCACGUGACCGGAAAGUAUGUAGGUGGUCAUGCCGUUAAGCUUAUUGGCUGGGGUGUGGAUAAUGGUGUCGACUAUUGGUUGGUGGCUAACUCGUGGUACACCGAUUUUGGUGAGCAAGGGUUUUUCAGAAUUAAACGUGGCAAUGACGAGUGCGGAUUUGAGCGUGGUUUCGAUGCCGUAACACCGAAGUUAGAGUAAAAUAUAACUUGAUGC